CUAGGUAGGUUUAUUUGGGCUCUCUCUCCCCAUCCUCCUCCCAUUCUAAGCGAUCCAUCCUGUCCCCUUUCCUUCAAACUUCAAACUUCAACCUCCCUACUCCCUCAAUCUUUUCGUCGCCUGCCUAUUCUGUUUCACGACCAUUUGUCUCUUCUCGAGAGUCGUGGCCCCGCCUCCCCCGAGCAGUAUAGGUUUGCGCAAAUACGUGCUCUGUAUACAUUUUCUGUUGGCGCUCCUCUCCUGCACUCCUGAGGUUGAUUUACUGGGAAUCUUCCUGGCCUUAAUUAUUUCGCCGGACCUCCUGUAACAUAGCUUAUCCCUUGACAUAAUGGCCGCUCGUCAUUCCCGCAGACUCUUACGGCCUCUGCUUUAUACUUCGGCCGCAGCGGCUGCAGGAGCUGGUGUUCUGUACAUCUCCUACCGUCCUCGCAACAUCCCUGGCUCGGAAGCUCCCGCUGUACCACCCCCGGGUUAUCAUGAGGGGAAACUUGUGCCGCCGAGCUUUCCCUCAAUUAAAUCGCGUCUGGAACAGAUUCAGGAUUUGAGGCGCAGUUCCAGUGGUGAUGAUUCCGAUGUGUAUGACCUCCUUGUUAUCGGUGCUGGCGCCACUGGGUCAGGCAUCGCCUUAGAUGCAGCGACACGAGGUUUAAAGGUGGCGGUUGUCGAAAGAGACGACUUCAGCUCUGGGACAAGCAGUAAGAGCACAAAACUGGUACACGGCGGCGUCCGCUACCUGGAAAAGGCCGUGUGGGAACUAGAUUAUAGCCAGUACAAACUUGUCAAGGAAGCGCUAAGGGAGCGCAAGUACUUUUUGAACACUGCUCCUCACCUCUCCAGCUGGCUUCCUAUCAUGGUUCCCGUUCAGAAGUGGUGGCAAGCUCCCUAUUUCUGGGUUGGUACUAAGUUUUAUGACUACUUGGCUGGGUCGGAAGGAAUUGAGAGCUCCUAUUUCCUGCCUAAGAGCAAGGCUAUUGAUGCAUUUCCUAUGCUGAGAAAAGAUAAUAUGAUUGGUGCCAUGGUUUACUACGAUGGCGCUCACAACGACUCUCGUAUGAACGUGUCUCUUGCGAUGACAGCUGCAUUGUAUGGAAGCACUGUUGUGAAUCACAUGCAGGUCACAGGCCUCACCAAAGAUGCCUCGGGCAAGCUAAAUGGGGCACGAGUGAAGGAUAUCAUACCAGGAAAAAAUGGCCAAGAGGAAGGUGAAUUUACUAUACGGGCCAAAGGCAUUAUCAAUGCGACCGGUCCGUUCACCGACUCCAUCAGAAAGAUGGAUGAGCCUAAUGUGAAAGAAAUUGUCGCACCUAGUUCUGGGGUUCAUGUUAUCUUACCUGGAUAUUAUAGUCCCUCGAACAUGGGUCUCAUUGACCCUUCCACGUCCGAUGGCCGCGUCAUCUUCUUCCUUCCAUGGCAGGGGAACACGAUUGCUGGGACCACUGAUCAACCUACUGAAAUCACGACUCAACCAGAGCCGUCUGAAAAGGACAUCAACUGGAUUCUGUCGGAAGUCCGUGGCUACAUAGCCCCUGAUAUCAACGUUGAGCGGAGUGACGUGCUGGCAGCAUGGUCUGGAAUUCGGCCUUUGGUUCGUGAUCCUAAGGUGAAGAGCUCUGAAGCAUUGGUUCGCAACCAUCUGAUUACUGUUUCUCCGUCCGGGCUGUUGACAUGUGCGGGAGGGAAAUGGACGACUUACCGCCAAAUGGCAGAAGAAGCUGUAGACGAGGCGAUUGGUGUUUUCAAUCUUACGCCCCGCCAUGUCUCCCAAGCUCCAGAUAUUAGUGGUGUUGGAGGCAGCGGUUUGGUGGCUGAUGGUGCCGUUCUUGACGGGUCAUGUCAGACACACCAGGUCCGCUUGAUUGGAGCUCACGGGUAUUCUAAAACACUGUUUAUCAACCUCAUUCAACAUUUUGGUCUCGAGACCGAUGUGGCCCAGCAUCUAACGCAAUCAUAUGGUGAUCGCGCUUGGCAGGUGGCAGCGUUGUCUUCACCGACAAACGCCCGCUUCCCUAUUCGUGGCCGACGUAUUUCUGCAUUAUACCCCUUCAUCGAUGGCGAGGUUCGCUAUGCUGUUCGCCAUGAAUACGCUCAAACUGCCGUUGAUGUCAUUGCUCGCAGAACUCGAUUGGCAUUCCUCAACGCUGAGGCAGCACUGGAAGCCCUUCCCAGUAUCAUUGACUUGAUGAGUGAGGAACUCAAUUGGGAUACCAAAAGAAGAGACCUCGAGUGGAAAGAAAGUGUUAGUUUCCUCUCAUCAAUGGGGCUCCCCAAGAACUUCCUUGGAUUGUCUAGGGCUCAGGUCGAGGCGGGUAAAGUGAAACAGGUGGAUUCUGCGGAACACCAAGCGUCCUCCAGAACUGACCCCCCCGCAGAUGUGCUUAAUAGUGACCUCCGCCCUGAGACUUCUGUGGCUUCUGAAGCAUCAAGUCACUUGAUAAGUUCUGAAUCCGCUGCGAAUAAAUAGAAAAUCAUGAUAUAUAGAGCGGUCGUGUAUAAGUGUAUAAUAAAGCCGUCAUAAUGGAAGAAUAUGUACAAUGGUUGUCAUUAACGUGCCUUUCAGAUCUGUCUAUGCGUGUUUCAGACAGCCGCACCACUGAUUUCUUAGUAGGGUUGACCAUGCAGAACAUUGCCCAAGAGACUUACAUCACGAAGCAUGUGGCUAAGUUUCGCAUGCUCUAGAUAUAGAUAGCUCUUUGUCGGGUGACCAUAUCCUGAUGUUCUCUAAUUGGUGAAAGUCCUCUUUGGACAUAACACAUACACAGACGUGUUUCCUGUCGCCCAUUCCGUAUUCUAUACUUGUGGGUUGUCUCGAAGGGUAAGUCCAAGAUGUCAUUUGUCACCGGCCAGACUCAUCCGCAUAGCUGAUUUGGGAUACCACAUUGACAACGAGACUGAGGCAUAUAACCCCGUCCCGCAACCUCGCGCCUCUUAUGAGUUUUGCUACGAGUGGAUGUAUAUGAUUUUGGGAAAUCAUUGACAGUAUGGUAGAACCGUUCCUGUAAUGGAGCUGCU